AUGACCGAUGAAUUUAAUCGAUAUUAUAUUAAAAUUCGGACAAUUCUGGAAAUAAAUGCAAAGAUAAUUUGCGAGGAACUUACAACAGCAUUGGGACCUGAUGCUGCAGCAUAUUCAACUGCUGCAAAAUGGGCGAAACAUUUUCGUGAAGGGAGAGAGGACGUCAAUGAUGACUUUCGAUCUGGUCGUCCGAUUUCGGUACUUACAGAUGAAAAUAUCGAACAAGUUCGACAAGUUAUCGAAGAUGAUCCGCAUUCAACCUAUGAUGAUAUCAUAGCCGAGACUUCCCUCUCUCAUGGUACAAUAGAACGGAUUAUUCAUGACUGUUUAAAGAUGAGAAAAGUUGCAUCAAGUUGGAUUGCUCACAAACUCAGUGAUGAACAAAAGCAACAACGACUUAGAGUUUGUCGUCAAAAUCUAGCAAAAUUUCAGACUGGUAAAUGGAGAUUAUCUGACGUCAUUACUGAUGCUGAGACAUGGAUUUAUCAUAGACAGAUCGGGCGAAAGUCAAGUAAUGCUACAUGGAUUACAUGGAAAUGA